GCUUGCGAAUCCCAGGUGUGCCAAGCUCGCGCCAACAAAACAAAGAUUUUUGGUGCACCAUGGGCAAGCUCUGAACAACCAAUACAUAUCAAACAUGCACUGAUAGCAUUAUAAGCAAAGAAUAUACAGAUAAGAUUAAAAUUAGAAUAAAACCAAGUGAAGGGUUCAAUUUUUCAAUUUUUAAACGUUAGUGUUGAGUUCAACUGUGUGGGGCAGUAGCCCCAGGGCCACGAUCGUGGAGCACGAGGGGGGAGCUCUGUUCGGGCGGCUGCAGGGGGCGCUGAGGGGCGGCGCCGCGGCCGCUUCGCCCUCGCGCGUCGCUACCUCUAUCAGGGGCUAUCUCGACAAGGUCGGAUCCCUGCAACUUAGAGACACAGGUUCCGAAGUCCCAUUCGAGGACGGCGAGGGUCAACGAUUAACUAAUGUCUCUGAGCGCACACUAGCAACGAAGUAACAGUUGAUAUUAUCCGAUAUGCAGUUGGCUUAUAUUUUUACUUGAAAAUAAACGAUAAUCAAAAUGGCGGAAGAAGGACCGCAAUCGAUCUGGCAGAAGAUCGACAACACCGUUAUACCUGUCGUUAAUUUGGAGGUGAGAGAAGUUAGGGAGGUACUAUGGGACAAGAUCAAAGAACCGACCUCCCAGAGAAAGAUCAUCUUAGUCAUAGUGUCUAUAGCCCUGCUCCUAGAUAACAUGUUGUACAUGGUAAUAGUACCUAUCAUACCGGACUAUUUGAGGUACAUCGGUGCAUGGGGGGAAGCAGGAUUCGAUCAUGUCGUAACUCUCGCACCAAUACAAGAAGGCAACAGAACGAUUAUACCAACUAAAAUAAUUCCCGCUUCACAUGAAGGGCAAGACUCGGCUACGGGACUACUCUUUGCAUCUAAAGCUAUAGUACAACUGAUGAUUAAUCCCUUCUCUGGUGCCUUAAUCGAUCGUAUAGGGUAUGAUAUACCUAUGAUGAUAGGACUGAUUAUUAUGUUUCUAUCAACAUCGAUCUUUGCUUGUGGAAGGAGUUACGGUAUGCUUUUCUUCGCUCGAAGCCUCCAGGGCGUUGGAUCCGCUUUUGCCGAUACAUCAGGGCUAGCUAUGAUAGCUGAUCGAUUUACAGAAGAGUCAGAGCGAUCAAAGGCUCUGGGAAUCGCAUUAGCAUUUAUAAGCUUUGGUUGUCUCGUAGCACCACCAUUUGGAGGCGCUCUGUAUCAAUUUGCCGGAAAGGAAGUGCCAUUUCUUAUUUUAGCCCUAAUUUCUUUAUUGGAUGGAUUCAUGCUUCUCUUGGUUAUGAAGCCAUUGAAAACGCAAAUAAAAGAAGCACAGCAACCAAAACCAGAUGGUACGCCUAUAUGGAAGUUACUAAUGGACCCUUACAUAGCGGUGUGUGCAGGAGCUCUCAUGAUGUCAAACGUCGCAUUGGCAUUCUUAGAACCUACAAUAUCCUUCUGGAUGGAAGAUCACCUCACAAAAGAUAAUUGGAAAAUUGGAAUGAUAUGGCUACCCGCAUUCUUUCCUCAUGUGCUUGGUGUUAUAAUAACUGUGAAAAUGGCAAAGCAAUACCCUCAACACCAGUGGUUGAUGGCUGCUGGAGGAUUGGCGCUAGAAGGACUUUGUUGUUUCAUCAUACCGUUCGCAACCUCUUACAAAAUGUUGAUGAUACCUAUUUGUGGGAUCUGCUUUGGUAUAGCGCUGAUUGACACCGCGCUUCUACCUACUCUUGGAUAUCUGGUUGAUGUCAGAUAUGUAUCUGUAUAUGGGAGUAUAUAUGCCAUCGCUGAUAUAUCUUAUUCAUUUGCUUAUGCUGUGGGACCGAUAAUCGCCGGUGAAGUGGUAGAAGCAAUCGGAUUUACUGCAUUAAAUCUAUUUAUUGCGUUCAGUAACCUUCUCUAUGCUCCCGUGCUGAUGUACUUAAGACAUAUUUACGACUUCAAGCCAUUCGAAAAUGAGGCAAAUAUCCUAAUGGCUGAUCCGCCAGAUAAAGAGUAUCAGACGUACAGCAUGCAAGAUCAAAGACCGGUAAAUGGGGAGUACAAGAAUCAUCUUGAAUACUCCAACGUGCAGGGGCAGGAUAACGUGGAGGAGUCAAAUGUGGAUAGUUCGAGGGACUACCAGCAGGGGUAUCAGAACUAUUCACAGGGAUACGAGCAGCAAGGUUACCAGCAGGAGAACUACAGUCAACCACGCCAGCUACCUGCGCAGCCGCAAGCUCCAGCCAGUAACCCUUUUAGGGGGGCGGAGGCCGCACCCGCGGGCCCUACAGCUCCGCCUGUCAAGAACCCCUUCCGGCAAGGCUUCUAGAGCCGCUUAGUGUUGUUGUGUAAAUUUCUAAUAUUACUUGUUGUAUCUUAUAGGUAACUUCGAUCACUGAGGCGCCUCCCGUUUGAGACGUUUCUUAUCUAGCUGUGCUUAAUGUUGUAGUUUCAACUGUUAGAAAUGUCACCUCAGUAGGACUGAAAGCUCUACAUUUUGUAGUUUGUUGCGUUUCAUAACUGAGAAGACAUUUAUAACAGCUAUUGUUGAUAUUGUUCUUACCUGUUAAUGCUCUAUCACAUUCUCACAAAGAUACAUCUAUUCGAUGAUAUAUUCGAGUUAGAAGUACAUGAUAUAAAAGUUUAUAUAAUCUAUACUUUAUAUUCAUUAAAUUUCUAAUCGAGAAUUACAUCACUCGUAUAAUGUUAAGAUAUUUUGUACAUAAAAAGCACGAUAUUAUAGUAAGUACAUAAAUACAAGAAUUAAAUUAGGGCCUAAACAGGUGAAAUAUCUUUACCUGAAGAUCUAUAUUUAUAUAAUGCCCUUGUAUUAUACGGAAUAUGUUUAAAUUUAUUGAAUUUACAUAUUCAAAUCAAAACUGUUAAAAGUUCAUUUGAGCAGUAUGAAGAGCUUUACAGUUUACGUAUUUGAUUAAUGCGAAUAUGAAAAAAAAAACAUUAUUUCGUACGUAAAUUCUUAAUAUAAGAACUAAAACCUGAUUAUUGAAUGCUCUCAUUCAAAGACUCUCUUAGUCCAUCUGACGUUUGAAACUUUGAACUGCGUCUACCGUGAAGCUCUCAGGCACUGAAUUCAAAUCGUCUUACUUAUACUGUGAACAUCAAAUUUUCUCAAAGUUGUACUACUUAACCGUCUCUACAAUAUUUGCCUUUUAUUAAUAAAAAGUAUCUAAUUGUUUCAGCAAUACUUAGAAUAAGGUUUAAUAUCAAUUUAUAACUGUAUAUCAAUUACUAUUAAUUAGGUAAGUUAGUGAUCAACUUGUGAUAAAAAGUUGCAACCAAGGUAACGAUACAUAUCAGAGUCUUUUGAUUCAUUUAGAAUAAUGUAUAGUAUUAGAGAUAUUUUUGAGUGUUAGACGUAGAAUCUGUUUAAGUAGAGUUAUGAUGGAGGUCUGUCAUGUCAUGACUGAGGCUGUUUUAAAUUUGAGUUUCAAAUUUGGAAUGCAAAAUUUAUAUUAUUUAUACUUGUAUAUUUGUGAAGUUCCCGAUAAGUCAAUUGGAAUGUACAGAGAGCACGCAUUAUAUUUGAGAAAUAUAUGUACAAAUAUUUAAAUUCGGCAAUUUUUUAAAGGAGAAUAUCAAUGCAAAGCCUUCGUUUAUUGAGUUGAAAUUGAUUGGAAAGAGAUAAAUUAGCCUGCGAAGUACAAUAGGAGCUGUAGUAAUGCACAAAAAACAUACGAAGCACACACAAUGUAAGUGCUCAAACACGAAAGCACAAUCAUUUCAGAAUAUAUUGUCUUUUUCAAAUCUUUGUUAAAAGUAUAUUUUUGAUGUGGUUAAUUAGGUGUUAAGGUGAGAGUCAGUUGAUGUAAGUUAAGGUCAAUUUUCGUGUCAAAUUCUCCCGAAAUUCAAUUAAUAAGUAGUCGAUGUGCUGAGAGAUGCUUAUACUAAGAUUGAGCGUGACUUUUGAUGAUGACUUUGAAGAUAUUUUAUUUUAUAGAACUGGGGGCAAACGGGCAGCAAUACCAGAGGGCUCGCGAGAGCGUUGCAAGCCUUUUAAGAAUUCCUACGUAAAAAUAAAUUAAUGUACGUUUUGAUUGUUCAGAAUUCUGGAGUUUUACAGUAGAACCAUAAAAAGUUUAAUAAAUAUUUUCAAAUUAUUAUUAGUUUAUUUAUUUAUUUAUUCAAAUUUACAUUACAUAGUACUAUAUUUACGGUAUAUGUUAAAAACCAUUUACAUCAGUAUACAACGAAGAUGAAAGUUGAAUAGUUUUAAGACCGAAGAGAUCUUUACAAAAAUAUAAUUAUAAAAUAAAUGAAACAUACAAUGAAAAGUUAUCAUCAAAAGGAACAUAUUAGCUUGAAUAUUACUGAAUUUAUUCUCUAAGAUAGUGAUUUUGUGUCUAUUUUAUCGUAGCUAUAACAUAACCAGCUAUAUCACAUACAUAUCAUUAGAUUUAAGAUAUACAAUUUUACAUAAUAAUAUAUUAUAUAUAGCAGUAACGCACAUAAU